CCCGGCGCGUCCUCGGACAAGUACGCGGCCCUGGCGGAGCUGGACAGCGUCUUCAGCUCCACGGCCACCUCCAGCAACGCCUACACUGCCACCAGUAACGUCAGCAGCAAUGCUUUUGGAACAGUACCCGUGGCUGCUACAGCACAGACACAGCCUGCGUCUUCGAGUGUGCCUGCUCCGUUCGGAGCAACACCUUCCACAAAUCCGUUUGUAGCUGCCCCUGUUGCCCCAGUGGCACCUUCAACAAAUCCAUUCCAGACCAAUAGCCGAGGAGCAACAGCAGCCACAUUCGGUACUGCGUCCAUGAGCAUGCCCACAGGAUUUGGAACCCCUGCCUCCUACAGUCUUCCUACUAGUUUCAGUGGCAACUUCCAGCCGGCGUCGUUCCCGGGGCAGGCGGCGUUCCCGGCGCAGGCGGCGUUUGCUCAGCAGCCCAACGGAGCAGGUUUUGGUGCAUUUGGACAGGCAAAGCCUGUAGUAACUCCUUUUGGACAAGUUGCAGCUGUUGGAGUAUCUAGUAACCCUUUUAUGGCUGGUGCACCAACAGGACCAUUUCCAACAGGAAGUUCAUCAACCAAUCCUUUCUUAUAGCCUUAUAGACACUUUACCCAAAAGAACUCUUACGUGGUCACAUAACAUCUCUGCGCCUCUUGCACUGUUGUCUUGUUUCACUGAUAUUAGCUUUAAACACAAAAGAAGUCUUUAAGAAGUAAAAAUAAAAGCCUGCAUUGUGUACCUUUACAAACAAAUUAAAAAAAAACAAAACAAAAACAAAACAAAACAAACACCACCAUAAAAUACACAAAACCUGAGAGAGUCAACCCCCCACCAGGUAAUAACGUGCAAACCAGAGGGCUGUGGUAACAUCCUUGAACCUGUGAACUGGCAGGUGAAAAGUAGCGGUAUCAUGUAUAUUAAAAUUGGCAAAUAAGUUAUUGCAGAUACCACAUUCAUUAUGCUGCAGUACUGUACAUAUUUUUCUUAGAAAAUAGGUAUUUGUGCAUAUCAGUAUUUGUAACUUUAACACAUUGUUAUGUGAAAAAUGUUACUGGGAAAUAGAUCAGCCACUUGAAGGUGCUGUUGUAUCUCUUGGAAUGAACGAGCAGUGUCAUUUUAACCAUUGGUAUUGGAAGUCAUGAAGUUAAAUUGAAGGUUUGUUCAUUUCUCAAAACGUUUUCCUUUCCUAAGAGCUCUUCUAUUUAUACAUGCCUAAAUCUCUAAUGUUAGAGGGACACCUGUCUGCAUAAUAAAGCUGAUCAUGUUUUGCUACAGUUUGCAGGUGGAAAAAAAAAAUAAAGAUUAGCAAAAUGA